UUCUUAAAGGCGCCGGCCCAGCGCGCCGCGGAUGGCACAGGCGCGUUCCGGAGGCUCCAGCUUCUGCUCGGAACGCGGAGAGCCGGGCCGGGCGGGCGCGCGCGCAGGACUGGGGCGGCUCGAGGGGUCCGGCCGGGCGGUGUCGGGAGCCGGACCCGUCGGCAGAGGGGCGGGCGCCGCGAUGGCUGAGGGCAGUGCCGUGUCUGACCCUCAGCACGCCGCGCGUCUGCUGCGAGCGCUCAGCUCUUUCCGCGAGGAGUCUCGCUUCUGCGACGCGCACCUGGUCCUCGACGGGGAGGAGAUCCCGGUGCAGAAGAACAUCCUGGCGGCGGCCAGCCCCUACAUCAGGACAAAGUUAAACUAUAAUCCUCCAAAAGAUGAUGGAUCAACUUAUAAGAUUGAACUUGAAGGGAUAUCGGUAAUGGUUAUGAGAGAGAUCCUGGAUUACAUCUUCAGUGGGCAGAUCAGGCUAAAUGAAGAUACAAUCCAAGAUGUUGUUCAGGCAGCUGACCUGCUACUACUGACGGACCUUAAAACCCUGUGCUGUGAGUUUUUGGAAGGCUGCAUUGCUGCUGAGAACUGUAUUGGUAUCCGUGACUUUGCACUACAUUACUGCCUCCAUCACGUUCAUUACCUUGCCACAGAAUACCUGGAGACUCAUUUCCGAGACGUCAGCAGCACAGAAGAAUUCUUAGAGCUGAGUCCUCAAAAGCUUAAAGAAGUGAUUUCUCUUGAGAAGUUAAACGUUGGCAAUGAAAGAUACGUCUUUGAAGCAGUAAUUCGAUGGAUAGCACAUGACACAGAAAUAAGAAAGGUCCACAUGAAGGAUGUUAUGUCAGCUCUGUGGGUUUCAGGGUUGGACUCCAGUUAUUUACGGGAACAGAUGCUGAAUGAACCAUUAGUACGAGAAAUUGUCAAAGAGUGUAGCAAUAUACCGCUCAGCCAGCCGCAGCAAGGAGAGGCGAUGCUGGCCAACUUCAAACCCCGGGGCUACUCCGAGUGCAUCGUGACUGUUGGUGGAGAAGAGAGAGUUUCACGGAAACCCACAGCAGCGAUGCGAUGCAUGUGCCCUCUCUAUGACCCUAACAGGCAGCUUUGGAUCGAACUGGCCCCUUUAAGCAUGCCGAGAAUUAACCACGGAGUUCUCUCAGCAGAAGGAUUUUUGUUUGUAUUCGGGGGCCAAGAUGAAAAUAAGCAGACUCUUAGCUCAGGAGAAAAGUAUGAUCCAGAUGCAAAUACAUGGACAGCAUUGCCACCUAUGAAUGAGGCAAGACAUAACUUCGGAAUUGUGGAGAUAGAUGGGAUGCUGUACAUUUUGGGAGGAGAGGAUGGUGAAAAGGAGCUGAUUUCCAUGGAGUGUUACGAUAUUUAUUCUAAAACCUGGACAAAGCAACCUGAUUUGACCAUGGUCAGAAAGAUCGGCUGCUAUGCAGCUAUGAAAAAGAAAAUCUACGCCAUGGGUGGAGGCUCCUAUGGAAAGCUUUUUGAGUCUGUGGAAUGUUAUGAUCCCAGGACCCAGCAGUGGACUGCCAUAUGUCCACUAAAAGAGAGGAGGUUUGGAGCGGUGGCCUGUGGAGUUGCUAUGGAGCUGUAUGUGUUUGGGGGAGUCCGAAGUCGUGAGGACGCCCAGGGUAGCGAGAUGGUAACUUGCAAGUCCGAGUUCUACCAUGAUGAGUUUAAAAGAUGGAUCUAUCUUAAUGACCAGAAUUUAUGCAUCCCCGCCAGUUCCUCUUUUGUUUAUGGAGCUGUACCUAUAGGAGCCAGUAUUUAUGUUAUUGGAGAUCUUGAUACAGGUACCAAUUACGACUACGUGCGUGAGUUUAAAAGAAGCACAGGAACCUGGCACCACACUAAACCACUCCUUCCAUCCGACCUUCGCCGCACAGGGUGCGCAGCCUUACGCAUUGCGAAUUGCAAGCUUUUCCGCCUGCAGCUUCAGCAAGGCUUAUUCCGUAUUCGUGUUCAUUCCCCUUGAGGAGGAAGCAGAGCAGAGUGCGAGAUCCUGACCCAAGAGCACCAUAACAUAGCUACGAAAGGGAGAGCAGAAAUGGCAGCUGAAACUCACUCUGUGCUGGGCUUUGGUAUGGUAACUCUUUGGUGGUUUUACGAUGCUUACAAACUUGAGCUUCAGCUCUUGUUUGGGAGAACACAUAACUGUUGAAAAACUACCUGGGAGGAGUGAGUUCCUCCAGUUAGAUGUGGCCGUAGACGAUGGAGGCUAGUAAAUAUCAAAAGGAAAAGGGAGUGGGAAUUGGUAUCAUGUAAAAUAUCAAAGUUAAAAUAUUAAGGUGCAUUUUCCCUGAAGGGAACUCAUGCCUGACUGCUGUGUUCAAAUACGUAGCUUUGGUAACAAAAUCCGUAUAUGCAAAUCAACAUAUCCAAACAUGCCAAGACUGCUUUUCCACUGCACUUGGAAGGAUAUAUUAUGCCUAACCCUGCCCAACAAAUUAAGGUUUGUGCCUAAAAUGUUAGAUUGGACUGUAUGCCAGUUAGUCUCCAUUUAUUCCUAGUACUCUGUCCUAAGAACCUUUUUAAAACUAUAUCAUGAUGAAUUGAAAUGAAGAUAAAAUUGCUCUUUUAUAACUUUAUCUUAGUAAUGUAAAAAUUUAGUAAAUUGAUGAGUCACGUUGCAGCCCUCACGUGAACUGAAAGAAGUUGCUCGCUUCUGUGUUGACUUAGAUCAAGACACGUCACGCAUCCUUUUUGGGGUAGUACCUGUGGAGCUGGGAAGGGUCUCCUGCAGUGCCAUUCUGCCUUCUCAAUGAGCAAAACCAUUUUCUAAGUGUGAGGAUAUUAGUGAGUAGGAGAUUUUAUAAAAGAAAGACCUGAGUCAGACAAAUAAUAAAGGUCUGCUAUGGCUAAAAAAACAAAAACAAAAAAGCUAUCCAGGCAAAAUAUAUAGGGAUCAGAAACUUUUUCAUAUAACCUGUCUGAAAGCACACAAAGUCUUGUUUACUACUGUUUAGGGUUUGAAAACUUGUCUUAGAAUGCGAAUCUGUGUUAAGAAUCUAGUCUUUGUAAUAGAAGUUUCCCAGUGGCAUUCACUAGUGAGAGUUUUAGACAAAUUAUGUUAUGAGUAAAGUUUGGCUGGUAGAAUAAACUACCUCAACUUAAUUUCAUUCUGUUCAUAGUAGAGCAAAUUAAUCUUUUCCUCCUUCCCUCCUUUCCUAUCUCUCAUUCCCACCUCAACUCACUUUACCCCACUUCUCAUUGGGGGAAAAAUGUCUUUCGUUCGUGAAACGUAUCUUGUAAGAUAUUUAGUUUUCCACUUGAAUUACAGCACCCUAGUGUGAAAUCGGGGACUUCAAAGUGCUUGAUUACUUCCUAAAUUGAAUUUUAUGCACUGUCAAAUUUCUAAUCAAUUUAAUAUACUUCAUUUUUAAUUGUUUUCUAAAAAAAAAUAGCUUUUUUUUCCUUUUUGAAUAUGGCUGUAAGAAGCAGCAUUUCGUCUUAUUAACACAUGUAUAAAGGUAUCCUUUGGUUUUAAGUCGAGAACAGGAAUUUCUUCUAGAAACUUCCUGUGUGGAAUGUUUGUAUGCAAUUAACAUGCAUAUGAAAAACAUCACUUACGUUCUCCCACCCAUAGACAUAAAGAAGGGUGACCUAACUGUGAUUUUUUUUCUUAUACCUGCUGGAAGUCAGUACAAUGCUACAAAAGUUGCUGAAAGAUGCUUUGCCUAUGGGGUUCUAGAGAGUGUUGAGUGUGGUACAUUACCUCUCCAUUUUAGCCAGAAGAUACCUGAUAAGAGAAGGUGUAAGGUUUUUAUCUUAUAUACCAGAGGCACCAGGCCAGAUAUGCCUCACAGUCAUGUAAUUCAAUCAUGUUUAAUAUGUCAGUCAAAACCAAAUUCAGAAUUGUUUUGUGUACCAGUCAGCUGUUGUCUGCACAUUUUUAUAGUGACAGUGUGGAGAUCUUUUAAUGAAAGCAAACUAUGUGGCCUCUGCAAAGAAGGAAGAUUUUUCUUUUUACAACUAGAUAUUAGUUUUAGAGGAAGCAAAUAGCUAAAAAACUAAAUUUGCUUUGGUGAAAUAUCCUGUACAGAACAGUACCUUGGCAUUCAGCAGCUGCAAUUGGGGAACAUUAAAACGGUAACUGACAUCCAGUUAAAGCCACGAUCGUCAGCAAUUCUCCUUUUUUAAUUUCUGACAUUUAAAGUUUUUUUUCCAGCCUACACCAGGCCUCUCCAAGGAGACAGUUCAUUAUUUAGGAGUGAAUGUGUUCCUCUUGCAAUAUUAUCAGUACCUGCAUGACUUGGUAAAUUCAUUUUAUAAAAAUAGUGUUGUUGUUUUUUUUUUAAUUUCAGUUCAUUGACACUAUAACUGCAGAAAUUAAUGUUUUAUAAAAUAAAUUUGCCACAUAAUAUGGGAUGCAAUAACCAACAAAGCUGCUAAGUGCCAAACUGUUAUUUUACUUUAUAUAAAUAUUAAAAUAUUGUGUUGAAGUGUAGGGAUGUGUUUAAUUUUACUAUGCUCCAAAAUUAAUCAUGACUCUUUUGUAAAUUACAGUUAUUUCAGUAUUGUAAAAUAAAUUUUGACUCAUUUCAUGCAGGUUUGUGUUUUAACAUUCCACUUAUGCCUUGAAACAUCAUUUCUUGAUAACUUUUUGAUACUUCUUUCUUUAUAAGGCACUUUUACCAGGUGUGUGUUGGAGUUGGUGGCUCAGGAUAGGUCUUAAAUUUUAAAUACAAAUAUCUUUGGGGGAAGUGCAAUUUAUUUUCAGAAGGAAAGUUGUCUCAGGUUAGAAUAAGUAAAUAUUUAAAGAAUCUCUCCUAGGCUGCAGUCUAAAAUAGGUAGUUUGUUUCUUUGUUUAGCAUAUCCAAAUUUAGAUUUUUCAAAGAUUUAAGUGUUUAUUUAAAAUGUUUUUUGUUUUGUUUUUGAUAGUGCUUAUAUCCUGUGAGAAGAAAAAGUGUGAGAGAUGAGUGAGUGUACGUGUGUGUGUGUGAUGCUAUUUGACCUGAUAAAUGUAUUUGUAUGUGUUUACUUUUUGAAUUGUAGUUCUAAACUACAUAUAUUACUGUCUCCUGGUGCUUCAGAUAAAUUCUUGAGCCUGUUGACCUUCAGUUUAUACUACUGUGUCAAACUCAUAUUGAGUGUAAAUAUUGAAAUAUUUGUAGUUUAUAGUAAGUUUUACUUGGUGUUCGCAUUUCUCUUCUUUAGCAGGAUUAAAAACAGUGUUUACCAACUCGUAGUUGGUAUACUGUCAAGAUUUGGCCUAAGAAAUUUCUAAAUUCGUUGUUUAGCUUAGUACUUCAUUGCUGUAAGGAAUUGAUAGCUAACCAUAGGCUUUUUUCAAACUGUAUAACAACCAAAAAAGAGCAUUUGGGAGUAUGUUGGAUGGUGUUUUGUUUGUAAACACUUUGUUAUAUUGCACUACCACUUUAAUGAUGACACUUUCUUCAUUGAUAGUUUGGAAGUGUCAUUUUUAUAAUUUAUGAGUUGGGGGGAUUCCCUAGUCAAUGCAUAGGAAAUACAUUCUUUGUACAAACAUGAUAAAGACAGGACUGGCUUUGCUAUGGCACCUAAGUUACUCAUGGGUAGUUAAGUUUCAUUUCUAGAGAAAUGUCUUAGCUACUGUGGUCCAUUAGAGUUCCAUUUGGUACAAAUGGAGUUCCAUUAGUGUACCAAACCAGGGAUUCCAAAAACCUUCCAAGGAAUGCUAGAAACACCGCAGUAUCCCCUUCCAGAAUGUUGGCGUUCAUGAUUCAAGAGGCCUCCCGUGGUCAGAUGAAGACCUUUGGUUAAAUGGGGGAAGAAUGACGUGGCGCUUUGACUGUAUCAAUUUAAAGAUGCCAGAACCCCAUGAAAAACACCUUGUGGAGGGGAAAGGUGAGGCGGCCCUUUUCCACUGGCUGCUCACUGAGCACUGGAGUCCAGGAAGUCAGUGAGAAGAGACCAGCUGAGUGUAGCAAAACCCACCUUGGGUCAGCCAACACAUGUCUGAUGAGCACCCACUAGGAACUGUGCUUGCCAUCCUGGGAGCUGAACAGUGAGGCAGAUGUCACACCACUCUCCUACUCAAGGUCAUAAACCCACUAUGGAACGGGCAAGGGCCCCGUCUUUGUCAUCUGCCAGUCUCAGUGCUUGCACAGAGUAGGUAGUCAAUAAACAUUUGACAAAUAAGUAUAAGAUUCUUGUGAUCAAAGUAAUGUUCUUCUGUUGAAAAGGGCACCCCAAGAGUGACUGAUUUUACUGGGUUUUCAGUGAGAAACUUUGUACCCAGAUGGGCCGGCCUCCUAUACAGAGCUGAAACUAGCAUGGGCCGGCCUCCUAUAUGGAGCUGAAACUAGUAUAGCAUAAACAAUGCCAAGUGCCUGAUGUACAUGAUGUACAAUCCUGUGGUCUCCACGUGUUCUGUAGGUUUUUUGAGACCCUCUAUAGACUCAGCACAGCUUAUAAUGUUGAUCAUGUUUAGUAUUGGGCUUUAUUGACUGCUUUUUAUAUGGGUGUCAAAAUCUUUCCAGGACAUACCCCUUUGAUCCUCACAUCUCUGGAAUAGGCAGGGCACUCUCCCCAUUGUACCAGGGUAAUCUUGGAGGCCUGAUAGAUACGGCUUCAUUUCUCACUUUAGGGAGGAGCAAGGACCAAAAGCAGAAGCCAGGUCAUUGGAUUAUCAGCUCACCAGUCAGCCAGUGAGGCUGGAAGUUGAUUUUUCUAGGCAUACAAGUAUUUUUAAUAAUAGAAUAAUCAUUUUUAGUAUUAAUACAAUUUAUGCUCCCAAACAUGUCCUUUGCUAGUUGCACAGGCAUAAGCUGAAAGAUCUUUGAUUUUCUUUGUUAGUUAGCUAUAGGAAGGUUAAGAAUUUAUUUACUAAGGUCGUAAGAACAGAAGAAAGUUUGUUUGAAAGAGAAACUUUUUUUAUUUCAAAGAGCUUCAUGUGUACUUCCCUCUCUUAUUCCAUGUAAUUAGUAAGGGAAAAUAAACUAUGUCUUAGAAUGUUGAGGAAAGUAUUUUGAUAGCUUUUAAUAAUUCUUGAGAUACUCUUUGUGUAGUUUUGAGAAAUUACAGAAAUUCAUAGUAUAAGAAUGAGAAGGGGCCCAUUUGCCCAUAUUUGAUAACACAAACUUGGAUUGAGUGUCUGUCAUGCCUGCUGGCAGUUAAGUCUCACUGGUAUUGACUGCUAGGCAUUUUCUAUAUUUUUUGCAAGUUUGGUAAAACUUGCUAGGGUUUUGUGUUUUUCAGAAGUAACCCUAUUAUUAUUUCCAUUUUAAACAUAUUUCAAUAUUGUCUCAUUGCGGUAGUUCCAUUUAUGUGACAUCUAAGGAAUUAAAUCAUACUUCCAAAUGGUUUGGUCUAAUGCAUACAGUUUAGGAAAGUUUUUUCUUUUUUCUUUUAUUUUAUUUUUUUAAGUUUCUUUUAGAAACAGGGUUUUGCUCUGUUGCCCGGGCUGAUCUCAAACUCCCGGCCUCAGAUGUGGAGACCCAGCUGGGACUACAGGCAUGAGCCGCCACGCUCAGUAGAAAGUUGGUUCUUUUUCAGUUCUGUCACUGAAAUUCUCUAAGUGAUUGGAUUUUUAAACAUCUAAUAAAUAAAACUACAUUAUGUAAUUAUUUAGUCAGAAAUGACUGUUUCCCUCUCUUUUUUUUUUUUUGAGACAGAGUCUCGUUCUGUUGCCCAGGCUAGAGUGCAAUGGCGCGAUCUCGGCUCACUGCAACCUCCGCCUCCUGGGUUCAAGCAAUCAUCCUGCCUCAGCCUCCCCAGUACCUGGGAUUACAGGCGCUUAUUACCACGCUCGGCGAAUUUUUUGUGUUUUUAGUAGAGACGGGGUUUCACCAUGUUAGCCAGCAUGGUCUCGAUCUCCUAAACCUCACGAUCCGCCCACCUCAGCCUCCCAAAGUGCUGGAUUACAGGUGUGAGCCACCUCGCCUGGCCUCUUUUUUUUUUAUUUUGAGGUUAAAACUAAUUCUUUUAAAGUCACUACUCAACUGAAAUUUGGCCUGAUUAUAAAUGUUGAUAGUAAUUUCUUCCUGGCUCAGCAAAGUUGUUGAGCUUCCUUCUGUGCACACAUUGAAAGAAAACCAGAAACUGUACAUUCAUGAUAUGAGUUAGAGAAGGAACAUGUGGAAAAGGAUGGCAACCCACAGAGUCCGGGGGACAUGCUGCCUUAAGAUGAAGUGAACGAGUAGACACUGAAUAGGAUCCACGUAAAUGAAUGGCCAUUUCAAAUCAUUCACAUCCCAAACAUAGGUUCAUCUGUCUUCUGGUUGGUGAAUUAUAUUUAUUAGGAUCUUAUUUUUAGCAUUUCAUUACAAAUAGUAGGUUUGGGUACCUUAUUUUUAUUGUUUUUACUCAUCAGUUAUGAAUAAGGCAUACCUGAGAACCUUGGGUUAAAUUUUUUGAAGUUAUACCGGUCAACUUGGUUUAAAUACAACUGUAGUAACUUGCUUUAUCAUGUUUCCUGUUUAAUUGGAUGAGAAUUACAUGCACUUAUUCACUUGUUCUUUGUGUUUAUAGGAAAAACUCUGUUCUCAGCUACCUCAUUAUGUAGUGUUGUGCUUGAUCCCCUGCCAAUUGAGAAGAAUUCAACACAUUCUGUUCUUUAACAAAAGCUUGGAAGCAGGCAGUCAGAGGCCUUGAGGAAUACAAUUCUCUAAGGCCUGUUUUCCAUUUUACUACUUAAAAAAAAAAAAAAAAAAAAAAAAAAGCACUUACAACCGGGAGGAAUAAUAAUUCUCCUAGAGUUGCUGCAAAGUGAUUACUUGAAACUCAACUUGAACUUUAAAGAGUCUUUAAAAGGCUGUUUUCAUAAUGCAGAAAAGUAGUCUAUUUAAACGCCACUGCUAUGUAAAACAGGGGGCUCGAUUUCCAUUCUUGUUAGCAUCAGACAAGAAAAUGUGUCUGUCAUCUGACCCAGUAUUUGGGAUUUGGGUGCUUGAGGAUACUAUUUUUUUCAUUUCCUAAGGUGCUAUUGUUUCCCAGAAAUCUUUAAUUUUGAUGAAAAUCUACUCAUUGCUAAGUUCCUCCUCACUCAAAGUGUUUCCUAAGUGCAGAGUUGAGGUUGGCAGAACUAUAUAGAGUUGGAUGAUACUGAAAAUCAUGAAUGAUGUGAUUUGUUCCAUGUGUCUGUGGAACAUCCUUCACCUUCCUCCAGUAUGCGCCUUCUGCACUCCGCACGUGGUCGCCUCCAUCCUCCCGAGCGUCUGUCAGCUUGCCUGGUCACCACGUCAGGAGGAAGAAGCUGAGGAGGCUCACCAGUUGUAGGCAAGACUCUUCCUCCCGGGAGAUCUUGUAAUCAUGGCCCAGUUUCAGGGCACAGUCAUACACAUCCUACUUAAAUGGAGGAGUUCCGUGAUGCCAUGGCCAAAAGAGUUAAGCCCAUUUCUAAAAGCCUGGCAUACUUGGUAUAACUUAAGCACCAGGUAAAAUCUGGUGCUUAAGUUGUACCAAGUAUAGCCAAGUUUAACUGUCCUUAUGCAUUAGUAAGAUUUAAUUUUUAUGCUUGUGCUUUUCAGAGUAAAGGGCUUGCUUUCAAUAGUAGCAUGACAAAGCUUCUCCUCCACUGACAAUCUGUUGGCACCCGUUGACUUAGCUCAGGACAUGAGACAUUUCCUGGAAGUGAUUUCCAUGAGAACAAAGGCUUAUUCCUUGAACUUAAAGCCCAGACUUUGUUAUUUUAAUUCUUUUCAGGCAAUCAUCUUUAUAUACUUUCCUUACAAACCCAGUGCUUGAGAGUGUAGGCCUUGGCGGCAGGUGCAUCUGGGCUUGGAGGCUUCUGCCACACUUACCACUCUGUGACUUAGGAAGCUCUUAACGCUCCCAAGGCUCCAUUUCUUAUAUGGAAGAAGAAUAGCAGGAGGACUUACCUCUGUGGGUUGUUGUGAGGAUUAACUGGGUGAUGACUGUAAGCAGCUGGGAGAGUGCCUUGCAUGCAGUGUCCACUGUUGCUGCCACCAUGAUUAUGUCACCUCUCAACAUGGGGUGGUGGGAGGCCCUGUGGAUGAGGCCAAGGCUGCCUGCACUGAGUGUCUCAGGCCUUAUAGCUUUCCACAUUCUCACAUCUGCUGCCACAUGAUAUACAAGUAAAUGUAUUAGAAGGUGUUGUUCAUAAAAUACUUUUUUUUUUUUUGAGACAGAGUCUUGCUCCGUCACCCAGGCUGGAGUGCAGUGGCGCCAUCUCCCAGGCUCAAGGGAUCCUCCUGCCUCGGCCUCCCAAGUAGCUGGGACUACAGGUGCACACCACUAUGCCCAGCUAAUUUUUUGUAUUUUUAGAACAGAUGUGGUUUCACCAUGUUGCCCAGGCUGGUCUCGAGCUCCUGAGCUCAGGCAGUCCACCUGCCUCAGCCUCCCAAAGUGCUGGGAUUACAGGUGUGAGCAUCCAGCCAGAAAAUGAUUUGCUUUCUAGACCCAUGCCACCUCUCUCCUUCUACAUCUCUAAUAUUUAAAUUCAAGACAAUUCUAGAUAGCUGAAACAGCCCAAAAUACGUGUUUAGGAUAUAUAGAGUUUGUUAUAAAAACCCUCUGUUUAGAAUUUGCCCAGUAAAAUUCUCUAAUAAUACUUAAAACUCUUUCCUAAAGUUGAAUUUUUCUUUUUUUCAUUGAAAUAGCAAAGGUAGUAAUCUAUAUUGGUCAAAGAAACUAGAUAAUUCCUAGAUCUCUGUUUUAGAUCAGUAGACCUAACUAUGCUUUCUUAACUUGGAUAUUACAUGAAACUUAAAAACAAACAGAUAUGUGUUACAAGUACUUGUGUGUACGUGUGUGUGUGUUUGUGCAUGUGUCUGUGUGUGUGGAACUUUCGUACCUUUGCAUAAAGAAGGUUAUUUAACAAAGUGGUACAAAAAGUGAACUACUUAAUCCUUCUAUCAUAUCAUACGCUUCUUUUCCUGGUUAGGUUAUGAGACUGGCAGAGGUAGGAGUAUAUGAUAUGCUCAGCUUGUCUUGAUUUCAAUAAGACAUUUGAUAAAGUCAUUCUUGAUCUCGUGAAUGUGAAAAGGAAGUAGAACAGCCGGGCACAGUGGCUCACGCCUGUAAUCCCAGCACUUUGGGAGGCCAAGGCGGGCAGAUCACCUGAGGUCGGGAGUUUAAGACCAGCCUGACCAACGUGGAGAAACCCCGUCUCUACUAAAAAUACAAAAUUAUCCGGGCAUGGUGGCACAUGCCUGUAAUCCCAGCUACUCAGGAGGCUGAGGCAGGAGAAUCUCUUGAACCCAGGAGGCGGAGGUUGUGGUGAGCCGAGGUGGUGCCAUGCACUCCAGCCUGGGCAAUAAGGGCGAAACUCCAUCUCAAAAGAAAAAAAAGAAAGGGAAGUAGAACUAGGAUUUAACAAAGGACCGAGAAGUCGGUUGAAUAGCCAGGUUCAGAUAGUGUUGGUAAGAACGGAUCUUUGGCAAGAUCGCUUAAGGUGAGCUACUCUAGCAGCAUCCUGUUUGACAUUUUUAUCCGUAACUUGAAUAAAAAUAUAGAAGGCAAAAAAGAGUGCUGGGCAAGAUGUGUUGGGUGUUAGAUCUGCAAUACUCUUCACAGUGUAAUGGCUAAAUGUAAAGUCUUACGUCUCGGUUCAAGAAAGAAUGUUGCUGUAUGAAAUUUCAGAAAAAAGUUUUGUUGGGGUGGGUGGGAUAUUGAUCAUUUGAACGUAAGCCAGCUGUUUCUCCUGCCCUAGGGGAGGUUGGCGCGGCAACCUUCCCCCUCUCUAGGUGGGUAGCCUUGCUGAUGGUUUACGUCGUCACCAAGGGACCUGAUUGUUGUCGUGGUUUUGUCUUGUCCUCCUCCCUGGUGAAAGUCUACUGGAGUUUUACUCUCAGCUCUGGAGGGAGAGGGAACGAGCCUCUGCCUGUGUGUCCUGACCCCUCUUGCCUUCUAAAAGAUCUGCUCAGGCCGGGUGCAGUGGAUCACUCGAGGUCAGGAAUUCAAGACUAGCCCGGCCAACAUGGUGAAACCCCGUCUCUACUAAAAAUACAAAAAUUAGCCAAGUGUGUUGGUGGACCCCUGUAAUCCCAGCUACUCGGGAGGUUGAGGGAGGAGAAUCACUUGACCCCAUGAGGCAGAGGUUCUAGUGAGCCAGGAUUGUGCCACUGCACUCCAGCCUGGGCGACAGAGGGGGACUCUUGUCUCACAAAAAUAAAAAAAUAAAAAAUUUAAAAAAAAGAUCUGCUCAGAAAUAGGGGAAACACGGGAUCGUGAUCAUAAGAGAUUUAUAGGCCGGGGUGCACACCACGUCUUCAGAGCUAGCCGGCUGUGUCUUCUCCCCGUUUCUUUCACUGGUGAAUAACCUUUCGUUGGAAGCAGCAUUGGUUUUUCUCUCCAUAUUCCACCGUGGCUCCCCAUGGACACUGCUAGGUGGACUCUCCGAGAAAACAGGCACUUCGCAGUCGGCGCAUCUUUCUCUGCCAGCUUAGGGAUUGCCGUCAAGGUGGAGGAAGGGUAUUUUGGCCGUGUUUGGAGUCGUCGUUUGUACUCACUCUUCUUAGGAUAGCUUUUUCACCCUGCCCUCUGCUCCUCUAUCCCAACCCUCUUCCAGCCUGGUUUUUUAACUGCUUGAAUUAUGUAUCCAAAAUAAAAAGGAAAAGAAAGGUGCAGUUGGGCGGGUUGUUGGGGGCGAGGAGAAUAGCUCUUCUGGUUCUUCAGACCACUUAAUGGCCAGAGCAUGAGCCUCAGAGAUCCCUGAGCAGACCUUCAUCCUAGCACUUUCCACAACCAGCUGGCCCUGGCUGUGAGAGUCAGAUCUGUCCCCAAGGCUCCAGGUCAGAACUCGGGCCCAGGUGCCUUCUGAGGCACCGCCAAGGACACAUCCCAGCCCCUUAGGCACCUGUAGGCUAGAAUGACACCUUCCAGGCCAGCCCCAGAGGCCCUCAGGGCUCCCCUCCAAGCCGGGAGGGCAGGCAGGCACAGGUCCCGCGCACUACCUCAGCACCCAGUGCAGCCCCGCGCUCCCGGAUGUGCUCGGCCCUGGUGGUCUCUUGUGACAGGCCCUCUGCCACGUCCGUCCGUCCGUCCGCAGAGCCGGGUGGGGAGCCUUCGUGUGGGUCCUCCUCUGUCCCUUUCCAGCUCGCAUUCGCCAGAGGGGAGCGCAGCCCUUGUUUCCUUCUCUCCUCUUCAGCUCUGACUUAAAAACACACUGUGUUCCAAAUCGUGGUGGGAUCGGAAACUAGAACUGCUUGUUUAUGAGAGAGACCACCUUUUCAUAUUUUUUUUAAAAGGAAUUUGUGCUUCAAAAGAAACUUCAGAAAAUAAAUUUAUUGUUAGUCUAGCAUACGCUCAUUGAAAUUGACUUAUGUUUUAUUUUUAAAAAUCAUGUAGGAUCUGGUACAUGGGGCGGGCAAAAGGGUGUCAUCGGCUUAAGAAAUAAAGAAGUAAGCCUUCCAUUUGUGUGGGUGAUAACAUCUUUUUCCUAGAUCAUACCUCACAAUUCAAGCUCUCCAUGAAAACAAAGAUAAUCUGAAUAAAAAUUGUAUGUUGGGAAAUGUAUCGAGUGGCCUUUAGUUAAGAAAAGCACAGGCUGUUUAUUAGCACAACUUGCUUAAUUAAAUAAUUCGUGGCUUUUUCUGCCACUGGGGUUCUUUUCGUUUUGAAUUCAGCUUGUGUUUGGUUCCUUGGUCUUGUACCCCUUCAGUUCGCCGGCGACAUAAUGGUGAUACCCCUUUGUUUUUUGUAUCAUACCUUUUGUGAAUUGUGACAACCAUCCAGUAAUCAUUGUGGCUUCAGCAGAAGUUUUGAACAAUCUUUGCAGCCACUGUUGGGGUGUGUACCAGCAGCCUGGAAGUGAUCAGCAGAGCUGACGAAAGCACCCCCUGCUUUGCCCACCUCCGCACAGUCCUGUCCUCAUCAGAAACGGUAUCACAGAUGCUCCUCAGGUAGGCGUAGGCAGACUUCAUUGUGUGUUACUAGUGACAGUGAUGUCUGUACCUGUCUGUGAGUGAGACCCAUUCAUGACUCACUAGAAGUGUGUACAUUCUUUUGUUUUCCAUCACUGGCAUAGGUCUUCUGCCAUGAAAGAGAACUAUCAAGGAAAUUCCUGAAAAUGAGAUUUAUAAAUUCGAUUUGACCCUCCCAAAUUCAGGGCUGCUGUUCGCAGUGGUCCCUGGCCCAGCAGGUGGCCAGCGUGGCUCCUGUUGGCUCAUGCCGGUGUUGUGCUGGACCCUCGAAUAUGUGACUGUCACCCUUGUCCAAGACUGGUUUUUAGCAGUCUUGAUUCGUCAUUUUGCUGCUUUGAAUGCUGUAAGGAAAAUGCCAUGAAUACCAUAUAAAUACCACACCAAAACUCAUCCUGUUCAACACAAACCUGUUGAACAUAUCUGUGUUUUCUGACAUGGGACCUGCAGAAUAGUAUUUCUUUUAAAUCCUGCAACUUUAUUAUCUAGUAGAAUUCCAAGUAGGUCUGCUUAGACACAUAUUCAGUUAAGAUUGUAUUGUGUGUGAUAUCCUAUCUUUAAUAAAGUCCUACUACUGAAAAACAGGGAUUUGCAAUGAAAAUAAUAGCUAAAUGAAAGGCAGGCUGAGAAAGUUCAAAAUAUUGGAAAUGCUAGAAGGCUGCAACUUGUAAAAUUGUACUCCCCAAGUUCAGUAGGAUAGUAGAGAAGUUGUGCUAAGUUGAUUUCAUUGAACUGUCACGUCUCACAUCCUGUAGUCCAAAGGUAUUAGUUUGUUUUGUGGAAUAAUUUUCUGUUCACUUGCUGGUAAGAAAUCUAGCGGUCAGAAGUAAUUUUUAAUUAAUAACCUUUCUUUUAAAAAGUUGCUUUAUGGUUUACAAGUAAUACUGAUGCAAAAAGGAUUUGUUAACCUAAAUUAAGUAGCACGCACUUUGUUUACAUGCUUCAGUAUAUUGUGGGGUUGGUCCCUUCUCACGAACCCAGGACCUGUGCUUGGGGAACAUUUUGCCAUCAUGCUGUUCUCUUGUACCAAGGAUCAGUGAAAGUGUUUUAUCUUUUUUAUGUCGUUUGUAUUGACUGGAUUUUAUAACUGUAAGAAAACAGAAACAGAGUGUUGUAUUUUGAUCUGAAAUUUGUGUAUGCUAAAGUAAUUUUGUUUUAUGUAUUGGAAGUUCACUUAAAAACUUGAAAUAUUUUCUAGAAGGGUACCACACAAAAUGAAUCAUCUUUAAGCUGUUUAAUUAACCUAAUAAAAUAAUUUGAUGGGGAAGGCA